CUCGUGUCACAGUGGAAGAGUCUUCCUCCUCUCUUCUUCUUCAUCCUCUUCUCCUCUCCGCACUGCGUUACAACCGCUCGGCUCGGACAAUUACGCCUAGCCAGCUCGGGAAUUUCAAUUCCAUUAUUUUAUCUAUGUAUUUAUUUUGGGGUGGUUCUCUUGUUGUUGCUUUUUUUUCUUUCUUUUUCUUUUCUUUUAGUCCCUCUCUCUCUCUCUUUUAGCCCGCAAAUGCACGGGCGCAAGUGCGCAUCACGCGGAGAGCCGCCGCGAGCGCAGCCGUGAUGGGACGCCGGAGCUCCGGGGGACGCGCGACUUUGGCCGCACGGCUGCUGCCGCCGCUUCUGCUGCUUCUUCUGGCGGCUACCGCUCUCGCUCGAGGCGUCCGCGGUGAGAGCCAGCAGCAUGGUCCAUCCAGCACGUUGCCGCGCUUUGUGGAGGAGCCGGUGGAUGCGUACAUCAUCAAAAGCAACCCCAUCAAGUUGCGCUGCCAGGCCCGGCCUGCCUUGCAAAUCUUCUUCAAGUGCAACGGCGAGUGGGUCCACCAGAGCCAGCACGCGUCCCGUGAGCAUACAGACCUGGGAACAGGGUUGAAGAUCCGGGAAGUGAUGAUCAACGUGUCCCGCCAGCAGGUGGAAGAUUUCCACGGUCCAGAGGAUUACUGGUGCCUUUGCGUUGCCUGGAGCCACCUGGGAACAUCCAAAAGCCGCAAGGCGUCCGUGCGGAUCGCCUACCUGAGGAAGAACUUUGAGCAAGACCCUCAAGGCUUGGAGGUGCCCCUGAGCGGCAUGAUUGUAUUGCAUUGUCGACCACCAGAUGGCGUACCGGCAGCCCAGGUGGAAUGGCUGAAAAACGACGAGCUUUUGAACCUUGGUGGCGCUGUGACAGAUCCCAAAGGCGACCACCGUCUGGUCAUCCCUCAGGCGCACCUCUCCAACUCGGGAAACUACACGUGUGUUGCCAGCAACAUUGUGGCCAAGCGCCGCAGCUCCACAGCUGCCGUUGUCGUCUUUGUAAAUGGCGGCUGGUCGACAUGGAGCGAUUGGUCGCCGUGCAACGUGCAUUGCGGUCGCGGCGUCCACAAACGCUCGCGCACGUGCACCAACCCGGCGCCGCUCAACGGCGGCUCCUUCUGCGACGGCGCGUCGGUGCAGAAGAGCGCCUGCACUUCGCCGUGUCCAGUGGACGGGGGCUGGGGCACGUGGACCGAAUGGUCGACGUGCAGCGGCGAUUGCGAGAGGAGGCGGAGCCGCGAGUGCACGGCACCUGAACCCAAGCACGGCGGACGCUUGUGUGACGGCGUGGCGCUUGCCACUGAUAACUGCACCGGAGACCUCUGCACGCAAAAUGGAAAAUUGCUGCGUGACGCCAAACCACAAGGUGUGGUGGAGAGCGGAGUCGGCGGCGGAGUCGGCGGCGGAGUCGGCGGCGGCGGCGGCGGCGUUGGCGGCGGGGGAGACGUGGCGCUGUACUCAGGCCUAGCGGCCGGCGUGGCGACGGUGGCGCUGCUGAUCGUGGGCGUCACCGUGUACCGACGCAGCCGCAGCGACUACGGCGUGGACGUCAUCGACUCAUCCGCCCUGGCUGGAGGUUUCCAGUCGUUCAACUUCAAGACGUCCCGGCAAGGCAACCCUCUGCUGAUCCGCUCGUCACUCCAGCCCGACCUGAGCGUGUCUCGCACGUACACCAGUCCCAUGUGCUUUCACGACGCCAUGGAUAAGGAGCUCUUGAACCCCCUGCCCGAUCUCAAGGUCAAAGGUGAGCCACAUAUUUGCUUAAAGAAGUUACGCCUUAUAAUCACUACUUUUAUGUGUGUAGGGAUCACAGAAGGUCCAGACUUCCAUCCUCAGACGUUCCCGAGGGGUCUGUCCCCAGACUACCGGGGCGUCGUGGUGGGUGCGACGCUGGGCCGAGGAGAAAGGAACCACUUUGGUCCCCAGCGGGUGGCGGCGCCCGCCGUCAGGCCGCGCCACAAAGCCACGACAGUGUUGGGCCACGCGGGGGGACAUCUGCUGGUGCCAAACACAGGUGUGAGUUUGCUGGUGCCAGUCGGGGGGAUCGCUCACGACACCACAUGGGAAACGACGGUCAUUGUCAACCAGGAGGACAGCAGCUCGGCGUUGGGCGAAGGAUCGGAGAUCUUCCUGAGUCCAGCCGUCACGUACGGCCCGCCGGGGCUGGAGCUUUCCUGCCCCGUGGUCCUGACCAUGGCGCAUUGCGCUGAGAAGGCCGCCGACCGCUGGAUCACUCGACUCAAGAGGCAGACGCAGGAUCGCAAAUGGGAGGAAGUGAUGUGUGUGCAGGAGGAUUGCACUUCUUGCUACUGCCUGCUGGAGGCGCAGCGCUGCCACAUUUUGCUAGAGCGACCCGGCCGCUACGCCCUGGUGGGCGAGCCGCUACGGCCGGACGCCGCCAAGCGCCUGCGACUGGCGGCCUUCGGAAGCCCGGACAGCGCCAACCCGAUGGGCUUCAUCCUCAGGGUCUACUGCGUGGACGACACGCCGCACGCUUUCCAGGAGGUGGCAGCGGGCGAACGCAUCCGAGGCGGGCGCCUGCUGGAGGAGCCCAAAGUCUUGUCAUUCCGUGGGAACGCGCUCAGCCUGCAGGUGAACAUCCAGGACGUUCCACAGAUGCUGUGGAACAUCAAGCCUUUCACCACCUGUCAGGAGUUCUCCUUCUGUCAGGUGUGGUGGGGCAAACAGCGCCCCCUGCAGUGUGCCUUCUCCCUGGAGCGUAACAGCGCCUCCUCGUCCUCUUUCUCUUCAUCUCCUCUCUCGUGUAAGAUCAGCGUACGUCAGGUUCAAGGUGAAGAGCAAAUCCUGCAGAUCUACACCACAGUGCAGCCCGAGAACCCAAAGGUACCUGUCCCGUUCCCUUGUGAGUCUGGCUGUUCCAUCACCUCCCAGGCGGGAUCACGGGCUUUCAAGAUCCCACUCUCCAUCCGCCAGAGGAUCAGCGCCACGUUUGACGGGACCAACGCCAAGGGCAAGGACUGGCGCCUCUUAGCCCAAAAGCUACACGUGGACAGGAACUUGGGCUACUUCGCCCACCACGAAAGUCCCGCGUCCAUAAUCCUGAGCCUGUGGGAGGCGCAGCAUCAGGACUCAGCCGACCUGGACUCCCUGGCCAGCGCUCUGGAGGAGAUCGGCCGGGUACACUCGCCCAACUGCAACGAUAUGAGGGGUUCCCUAAACUCAGCGAGGACUGCAGAUUGAAAUCCCGGACAACUGCAUGAACGCUGAGGAGCAGACACUUGCAGGGACUUCCCGGAAUAAUACGGAAGCUCGUUUCAGACAGGAACAAAGGUGAGGUUUGGGUUGUCGGGGGGAACGGACCACAAGCGUCUAUCUUGGAGAGAUGACUUCCUGUUCCUCAUCCUGUGGGCGCGCCAAACUUUAAGUGUGACGUCAUGUUGUCAUUUUCUUGCUUUUGCGUGGUGUCUUUAAAUGUGCGAAAAGUGGAGGUAAUAACAAACGCAAAAUGUUGGAGACUUCAUGCUACUACACCUGCUUAAAAAAAGUUGGCAUGAGGAAGAUUUCUUUGUGUGGCACCCUCGGAAGAGUAGUUACCUUGGACCACGACUUGGUCCAAUUGCUCCCAACAAAAUAAACUGGCUUUGUGUCCAA